GAGGAGGAGGCACCCGGCGCCUUCCCAAGCGCGACCUUCUCCUUCUUCUCUCUUUUCUGCUGGGCGCCCGGAGGCGGAAGAAAGCCAGCGAGAGAGGGCAAGAGAGAGAGAGACACAGAAAGAGAGAGAGGGAGGGAGAGGGAGGGAAAGAGUCAGGCAGAGAGGCAUAAAACUCGCCGGCGAAGGAAGGAAGGAAGGGAGGAAGGAGCCGCUCUCGGCAGAGUCGCCCAAGAGCAACGCCUCCCCGAAGGGACCGUCGCUUCCCAGCCCUUUCCUGGGCACUUGGGGCAGAAGAGCAGAGCCCCAACUCUCCCUCCCUGCGCUGCCGCUCCUCCCGGCUUGAAAGCGGACCGCAGCGGGACCUGGGACGGAGCCGGGACCAAGGGAAGGGAAGGAAGAGCCGCUUUGGGGGUUCCUCCGAAGGAGAAGCGAGGAGAGGAGAGAAGGGAGAGCCGCGCUGGCCCGGAGGAGCUGAAGGGGCGGCGGUGGAGGAGGAGGAGGAGGAGGGGGGUCCCCGGCAUUGCCUUGGCUGCCUGAGCGGCGGCGCCCCUGGGCUUCCCCCAUGAGCCUGGGCUGAGCCAAGCGCCCGCCUCUUUCCCCGCGGGGCCGCCAUGAAGAAGGACCUGCUGCCGGAGCUGCCCGCCGGACAGUGACCCUCCAGGAAAGCCCUCCUCUCCUCCUCCGGCUCCUGCUUCUCCUCCUCCUCCUCCUUCUCGCCCCUCGCCCCUGCUCGCCAGCCCGCCUGGCCCCCGGCGCCUCCAGCGGCAUGGCCCUCGGGGCGGCUGGGAGGGGGUUCCCGGUGCUGGCGCUGUGGGCGCUGCUGUGCCUGCUGGCCCCGCCGGCCUCGGCCUCGCCCACCCCGCCGGGAGCCGCCCCGCAGGACACCUGCACCUCCUGCGGCUUCCGGCGCCGCGCGAGCCCCGAGCUGGAGGCGGGGCAGGGCCUGGAGGGGGGCGACCCCGCCGCCGCCGCCGCCGCCGCCGAAGGGGUGGACGGAGACUUCCUGGAGGCCGUCAAGCGGCACAUCCUCAGCCGCCUCCAGAUGCGCGAGCGGCCCAACAUCACCCACGCCGUGCCCAAGGCCGCCCUGGUCACGGCGCUGCGCAAGCUCCACGCCGGGAAGGUGCGCGAGGACGGGCGCGUGGAGAUCCCCAGCCUGGACGGGCAGGCCAGCCCCGGCGCCCCCGCCCAGCAGCCCAGCUCCGAGAUCAUCAGCUUCGCCGAGACAGAUGACUUGGCCUCCUCCAGAAUGCGUCUCUAUUUCUUCAUUUCCAACGAAGGGAAUCAGAAUUUGUUUGUGGUUCAAGCCAGCCUGUGGCUUUACUUGAAGCUGCUUCCAUAUGUCUUGGAGAAAGGCAGCCGGCGAAAAGUAAGAGUCAAAGUGUAUUUCCAAGACUCGGACACUAGCAACAAGUGGAAUGUGGUUGAAAAGAAAGUUGAUCUCAAAAGAAGUGGCUGGCACACAUUUCCCAUGACAGAAGCAAUCCAGGCUCUGUUUGAGAAAGGGGAGAGAAGGCUGAACUUGGAUAUUCAGUGUGAGGCCUGUGAAGAGUAUUCAGUGCUGCCAAUUUACGUGGACCCUGGGGAUGAAUCUCACAGGCCCUUUCUAGUCGUGCAAGCCCGGCUGGCUGACAACAAGCACAGAAUCCGGAAAAGAGGCUUGGAGUGCGAUGGCAGGACCAAUUUAUGUUGCAGGCAACAGUUUUACAUUGACUUCAAACUCAUUGGGUGGAAUGACUGGAUCAUAGCGCCAUUGGGUUACUUUGGGAAUUACUGUGAAGGGAGCUGCCCGUCCUACUUGGCCGGCGUCCCAGGCUCAGCUUCCUCUUUUCACACCGCAGUUGUGAAUCAGUACCGCAUGCGAGGGCUCAACCCAGGGACCGUGAACUCCUGUUGCAUCCCAACCAAACUUAGCACAAUGUCCAUGCUGUACUUUGACGAUGAAUACAACAUCGUGAAGAGGGACGUUCCCAAUAUGAUUGUGGAAGAAUGUGGCUGUGCCUGAUUUGGAGGGCUGUGCAUCAGAAAGGGGAGGGAAAUAGGGGAGGGGGGGAGAGAAAAUUCCAAAACUGAAUGGAAGCAGAGGGUGUUUUUGGCUGUAUUUCUUCCUUCCAGGCAUGGAUGGAUAUUUAAAUCACUGCAGAGGCAGCAACAACAAGGACAACAAAGACGUAUAUCAUUUCACUCUGUUGUCAGGACAGUGGCGGUUUGUGGAUCUAGAACACUAAAAUAUGCUACCACUUAUAAACUAAUGCUAUGAAGUACCUUAAAUCCCACCCACACACCCAAGGACACAAGCACACGUACACAUAGCGACACACACACACACACGCAAGUUGCAUGAUUCAGCUGGGAGGAGGAAAGCAGUAGCCGAAGGGGAGUGUACAUUUGUUCGAUUGAGACAUGUGGAUGGCCCACUAGCCAUUUCCCUUCUGUUCGCCAGCCAUUUGCUUUGGAUGAAACCAGUGGGAAGCGUAAGAAAAGAAAAUGGUUUAAUAUAUUCUCAUACACAGGUAUUUAAGUGACCAAACGUACAAAUGACCACCAUCACCUCUAAGGUCUAAAAAAAAAUGAAGAUGGAAGUAGCAGGCUACCUGCUUAUGGAAAGAUUAGCCCUUCCUCUUGAUGUUAAACAUAAUGUACAUAUAUAUAUUAUGAAAAAAGAAGAAUCACAAAUGGCCUAUAGCACUUCCAGGGUAGAAUAUUGAUGGAAUCAGAGGGGCGGGUGGGAGAGGGAGAGUUUGAAAGAAACAGAAGCAAAUGUUGUGAUCUUAAUAUAAAAUGGUUGUUGUAUUUCUUCUGAAUGAUACGUUGGCAUGAUUUCAUGCUUUAAUGGACCAUUAGAUGCUCCUAUACCUGCCCCAUGUGGACUGUUAUUGUAGUUACGGCCAUCUGUAAAGGGCUUGUUUUUCCCUAACCUGCCCUGUCGGUCCCUGUUUUGCUCACUGUGCUUAUGAACAGUUUUUUUUUAUGUUCUGAGAACAUUGGCAACAUCCAAAGUAGCCAUUUGUGUUCCUUGUCCAGGGAUGACACCAGAACCCCCUUUGGAGCUGUUGGGAAGGAGAAGAGGGAAGGAGACAAGACACCAUCAAUAGCGCAAAUCCAUUGAUGAGCCCUAAAGAGAAAUUAUGGCCAGGUGGUGGAUUACUGUGAUUCAGGGGAGGGAGGUGCAGUGUGACAAGAAAGAAACAUCUGGCCCAUCUUGGGGAGAGAGAGAGAGAAAGAGAGAGAGAGUAUGGAAUAGAGGACAGUCUUUGUUUUGUUGUUUCCCGAUUACCUCCUCCAAAUAUGUCAAGGAUGGCUGCAGAGCUUAAACACUCCCCUCCCCUCCACUUGCUCUAGCAUAGCACUCAUAAACUGCUUGAACGCACGUUAUUAUAGCACUUGCAGAUUUCAAUGCCUUGAACGGUUGGUACUUACUUGAUGGUGCACUUCUCUUUGCUCACUGUCUCUAGGUUUAAAAACAAGUGCCGCAUGAGCUAUGCAAUUUAAAGUGUUGACCCAUACUAGAUGAAACUGGACUGAAAUGAGAUGGUACUUUUUAAAUAUUUUUUUUAUACUUGAAAUUAAAUCUUUUGCUUCUUUUUUUAAAAAA